ACCAGUGGACCACAGUUGCCCGCCGAGUCCAAGGCGAAGUGGAUGAACGGAUCCGACCUUUUUCCUUGUACGGCGUCUUUCUAUAGCUGCGAAGGAGCUGCUCUACAGUGAUGCUCCAACUCGUGCAUCUCGUGGCGUUGUUGGUGUGCGGCAGCCAAGCUAUCCUGCAGGUUUCCAUUUCUUUGAGCAAGGGGGAGUUAAGAGUUGGAGAGUCCAAGUUCUUCAUCUGCUCAGCCAUUGGCGAGCCGGUGAGGCUGGAGUGGUACAAUCCUCAGGGCGAGCGCAUCGUGGCCUCCAAGCGAAUGGCGUUUCACACGGAGGCAUCGCGAUCCCGGCUCAUAAUCUACAACGCCAGUGUGGAGGACGCCGGCAUCUACCGCUGCCGGGCCACUGAAGCCAGUGGUCGCAUGGCGGAGGCAUCAGUGGUGCUGGAGAUUUACCAGAGGCUGACUUUUCGAGACAUCCAGUCGCCGCAGGAAUUCCGCUACGGUGAUACGGCGGAGGUGCUGUGUGAUGUCAUCAGCUCGCCGGUGCCGCAGGUCGUGUGGUCCUACCAGGGGAGGGAGAUCACUGAGGAACGCCACAGCAGGUUCAAAAUGCUGACAAACAACAGCCUGCAGAUCCACCGCGUGACCAAAGCGGACGAGGGAGUGUACCGCUGCGAGGCCAGCGUGGAGGCUCGCGGCGAGAUCGACCAUGUGGAUAUCGCCGUGGUGGUCAACGUUCCCCCGGUUCUGUCCGUUACCCAACAGUCAUUCAACGCCACCGCCGACUACCAGGAGUCCGUCACCUUUACUUGCAUCACCUCCGGAUCGCCCGACCCUGUGGUAACAUGGCACAGGAAAGGCCAGCGACUGGAGCCAUCGGAUCAGUACAUUCUAAGUCAACUGGAAGGGGGGCGGAACAUGCUCACCAUCCGCAACAUCCGUCAGGUUGACGGAGGCUUCUACUACUGCAAGUCUGCCAACAAGGCCGGCUCUCAGGAGAUGGAGCUCUUCCUCAAAGUAUUUGUCCAGCCCCACAUCACACACCUGAAGAAUGUGACAGCGGUGGAGGGCAACGGCGCCAUGAUUCUCUGCAUGGCUGAGGGCGAGCCGUUGCCGGACAUCUCCUGGAGACGAGCCAGCGAUGGGCGGACCUUUGUGGACGGAGACAAGAGCCAGGACGGACGCUUCGAGGUGCGCGCUCACCACGGCAAAUCGGUGCUGACCGUCAGCGGCGUGAGGCUUGCCGACCUGGGCCGCUUCGACUGUGAGGCGCUCAGCAGGAUCGGAGGGCAUCAGAAGAGCAUGUUCCUUGACAUUGAGUACGUACCAAAGUUCUUGAGCAACCACACCAUCUACUAUUCUUGGGAGGGCAACCCAGUGAACAUCAGCUGUGAUGUGAUGUCCAACCCGCCCGCCACUUUGCUGUGGGGGAGGGAACACUUUGCCAUCUCGCCGGAAGGGACCAGCAACACUCGGGUGCACAACGCCAUGGGCAAGUCUCUACUAGAGGUUACGCCGAUGUCCGACAGGGACUUUGGUCGUUACAACUGCACCGCCGGCAAUAACGUCGGCAUUCGCUACCAGGAAUUUAUUCUGGCCCAGGCAGAUGUGCCGUCCAACCCGCACUCGCUACGCCUGUCAGCCAUCUCCCGGCGUUUGGCCGCCGUCACGUUCGUGAAGCCGGAUUCCCACGGCGGCGUGCCCAUCGGCUAUUACCUGGUGCAGUACAAGGAGUUGGGCCCACAAGACUGGAAGGACGUCCGAUCGCAUAGUGUGCACACGACGGUGGUGCUGAGCGGCCUGGAGCCCAAUACGACGUACGAGGUUCGAGUGGCGGCCGUCAAUGAGAUGGGUCAGGGCGAGUUCAGUCACAUGGAGACUUUCCAGACUUUACCCGUCCGAGAACCGAGCCCACCGGCAGUCCACGGGCAGAGAGGACUGGGCAAAGCCUACAAGCUGGGCUUGGUCAAGCAGGAUAAUGGCGGCAUGCCCAUCGUGGAAUAUAUCGUCAAGUACAAGACAGAUAAAGAAGAGCAAUGGAUGACCAAGCUGGUUCCGGGCUCCAAUGACUUUGCCACUUUGCAGCCGCUGCAGUGGAACACCCGAUACGAGGUGGAGAUUACGGCCCGCAAUGUUAAAGGCUUGUCGGAGCCCACCUUCUAUCAGUUCUUCAUGCCACAGAAACCGGAAAUCACAGAAUCCCUCUUCAACGGGCUGAGCCUCGGGGCGGUGGUGGGCCUGGGCCUGGGAGCGCUCCUCCUGCUUCUUGUCCUUGUGGAUGUCAGCUGCUUCUUCCUGCGCCACUGUGGUCUGCUGAUGUGCAUCACGCGCAAGCUGCGCAGCAAAAAGACAGCCACCGGCGGCAAAGAAAUGGAAGAGGGCAAGGCCGCCUCCUACCUGAAACUGACGAUGAAGGAAGAAAUUGGCAAAGAGUCUCUCAAGGAUACUAUUGAAAUCAAACUGCAGGGCGACCGCCGCAUCUACGCCAACCGGACGACAACAAAGCAUAGAAGGGAUGGGGAGGGGGGCCGGCGGCGGCGGCAGCUUUCCCGCAAGAAAAUUCGGAUCACCAGACCAAAACCCUAACAAACAUACUGCGAUGGAAGGAAAAAUGAUUGUAUAUUUCUUGUUUUGUUGUGUCCGGUUAUGAUGCUUUUAUUUGACCCCCCCCCCCCCCCCCCUUUUCAUUUCAAAAGUAUUCACAGUUGAGUCAUUGCUCCCCCGCUGAGCUCUCUCUCGCUCAGCAUCAUCACGCUUGCGGGCCAUUCUAGCAAGAGAAGCUCAACGAUACGCCGAUGAUGUCAACCUUCUUAGUUUCCCUGGCGUGAUUGGUGUCAGGUCUAAAUACCAUCAGACAUUUAACCACACGCUGGAAGGAAGAGGAGAAAAGAACCAGAACAGGUUUACUCGCGAGGAGAACGAUAGAGAGAGGAAACUCGGUUACAAUCUCCAUCAAUUCUGAGUUCUCCCUCCACGUGCUCCUCUAUUUAAUGUUUUGGUUUCCCUGGUUACAGAGGCGUUGCUACACUAAAGGGAGGGGAGAUUGUGCCUGUAGCAACGCUGAUUAGCAAAAGAAUGUAGUGUGGUGUGAAUUAGCACUUCAUUGUCGGCCCGUGACCCCCGCAGAGUUUGUCCAUCUGUUCUUCUCCAGUUGUUGGCCGAGUAGUCCGCGAGUGAGAUCAGAUAACUUCAAUUGCCGCUUUCCUGUGGAACAAUGCAACUAAACCUUGGCUAGACUUUAUCUACUUAGUAAAUUAACACGCAAUAAGAAUGAGUGACUUGUCCUAAACACUUUAACAAACAUUGAGUGAAUAUGGGAUAACUUGUAACCAUCUAUGAACCAAACCUACAGUUAACUAAAAGGAAUGAAGUUUCUUUCAACCAAAUAAGAACAUUUCGCCUAUGCAAAUAAGAUCUGCUCAUUGUUAGUGAAGGCCUCUUACAGAAACAAAAACACACAGAUAACAUAAGGACAGGAAGGAUACAUAUGGCUGACAGGGAUCAAAAGGAAUCCCUGUCACUAAAGAGAAAGGACCUAGAUGAAAAGGAAAGCCAUAAACUCGUAAAUGACAAGGCUUUACUUAAAUUAUUCCAACAUUUGGGCAAGCUUCAGUAUGGACAAACUAUUUUCUACAGAACAGGGGGAAAGAAUCGUUUCAUUCUGUGUUGCCAGAGAACAAACAAAAAGGGACUCGUCAAAUAAAAAAGACAAAAAAGAAUGAUGUCGUGGCAAGUAGUAUAUGUGGGUUGAGUUGUUUUCAAAAGUCUUUUUCUAAAGUAUUGACGCUGAGUAUUGUUGCCACUGUUGUCAUCUGUCAUCACGCAAUGGAUGUUUUUGCUAUUUCGGUCUCCUCCUGUGAGCUUGAACUGUGAACGUUUUGAUCGAUCCGACCGAGCGCUUUGUCGGAGGGAACCAACCGACCAAUCGUCAACAUUUACCUUGAUCUCUAUGCGCUCUGUGCCUUUGAUGUCUCCUCAAAGUCCCCCCCCCCCCCCCCUUUCUCCUUUUGCUCGCUGACAUUGUCACGUGUUGUACAAGAAGAAGAAAAAAAUAUUUUGCAGAGCUUUUAUGUAAAAACACUAUAAAAGAUGUGACUUUUUUUUUCUUUCGCAAAAGGCAGAUUCUUCUUUUGUCAUGUUGUAUUUGGUCCAAGGCUUAGUGCUCGUCCAACUUUUGAUUGUUUUGUCAAAUGUGCAGCAAUCGCGUUCAUCUGAAUUGAGGAGGUCAUUCUAUUUGUUGAGACAUGAAUGUUUAUAUGCGCUGGGAAAUGUAGUAAACACUGAAGAGAACAUUAGUAUGAGUGGUGGGAUGACUACUGAUGCUGACAUAACAGGUCUGUCAGAAAGAUUCCAGGACCGGCGGCGCAAUCCAUAUCUUUCAACACACUUUUUCAGUCCACGCUGUGAUGCCUUCGGAUCUCCUUGAGCUAGGGAAGGAGGGGCAAAAUCAUGAGUGCUCGAGAACGUUGCUCCAGCACGGACGGCAAUGAUGUUCUCUGGCAGGAAGUGUCAGAUGCUCAGGGUAUUGAGAGCAGGUGCGAGUUGAAAGCACAACAUUUGCUACAGGAUCUCUUUGUGGAGGUGCUGCUUGAUCGCCUGAGCUCCACAGAAGGACCAUUUGGUUUCUUUUGUGACACCAGCCCUAGAACCUUUCUGACAUACCAUGUCGAGCUUUGUCAACUUUGUCUUUGGCAACUCCGAUUUUAUUUUAUUUUUCUGCUGUAUUUUUCAUUUGAUGCUGUGUGAGAUGAUCAUGACCUCCCAUGAAUGUGACUCGUUGAUUUAUGCACUUGUGGAGCAAAUACCGAAUGGCAGCAAGCAAUGUCGACUCGUGUGCAUCUGUUAAAAGCAGAUGUUUAAAGCUUUUAUGUUGUGCCUUGGACAAGAUUUGUCCGUGAGUAUUAUUCGAAUUUUGAAACAAUAUUUUAUUUUGGUUACAUGUGAUGUUUAAUGCAAACCUAUUCACCGUAAAUGUGAUGUAGCUUGUAUGUGUUGAGCUAACGCACAAUUUUACUUGUAUAUUUUCCUAGUUUUACGACGGUCUUAACAGGGCAAUGUUUUGAGGCCAUUCUACAAAUAAAUCAGCUAAAAGAAA